AUGAAGGCUACCAUUGCUUUCUCUGCUCUCGCCUCAAGCGUCCUCGCUGCCCCUUUCCAGCUGGUGGUCAGCAAGGCCGCCAACAGCGUUGACGAGCUGAAAGACAAAACCAUCGCCUUUCAACACAGCGUUCUGUUGGUCGCCGAUAACGUUCGCUACGGCGUCCGACGGCAAAGACACACUGUCCAUCCAGAACGGAACUCGAGCGACGGCCUAACGACUGGUUUCACGACAGCUCGUGACAACACGAUCAAGUUCGGCGUUGAAAAGACAUACGCUCAGGGAACCUUCGAGGGGGCGACCCUAUCAUCGCCUGGGGGCCUUUUGUUGAGCGUUCUGGCGCUACUCUUACAUUGGACUGUUCUAGGAGUUACCCUCGCUUGUCAAAUGACAAUAUCGACUGGACAAGAGAUACCUGCAGAGGGCGGUGGGCAGCAAAACAAGAGUGGGGGCAUCAGUCUCUCGCGGAAGUGA